ACGCAGUGCAAUCGAGCAUCCAGCUCACUCUUCCAGCUCAUCCCAGCUGGCUUCGGUAACGCGCUAAGUUAGGAGACAGCGCGCGUUUAGGUACAGCCUUGACUCUUGACCGUGUCUUAGCUCACCCAAACCAAGCGGAGAGCUUCACCUGCACUUCAGAACCCUAACGCUAGGUCUUCGUGGUUGUCGAAGACGGAAUAGAGCUGGGUAUCAGCGUCUUAGCCUGCUCGCAAAUAGAGCUGCAUAUUUUCAUCGUUCUAGUAUCGAACCGCCUAAUCUUGGUCUCCGAUGACGAGCACGGAUCAUCACCCUGUGGCGGCGCCUCUCCGGCCACAGCAUAGGACGUCCUACGCUGCUGGGAAAUCCGUUACGAACGCGCUAUUUGGUAACCAUGCUGACGACGAGUCGGGCCCCCUAUCCAGCAUGCACGCGGCGCGGAGAACCCUUUCGAAAGACACGUCAGCGUCGCUGCUUUGCUCCGUAGACGCCGCCAUGGUGAAGCGACCCGAAAACGUGGAGCGUGCGUCCGUUCCCCCAGUUCCCGCCAAGACUGUGAAUCUUUCUGCGACCGAUUUACUGCUGCUUCUUAGCCCGAGUGUCGCUAAUAACGCGAAUCUCCACGCCUCCACAAACAACCCUUACGGUUGCCGCGAGUGUUCGUCCAAGUUCCCCUCGUUAAACGCACUCAACGAGCACUAUCAGGAGGAGCACCAGAAAGAGACCCAGCUUUCCAAUUGUAACUCCCCUCUCAUCCAUGCCGGCGCUGGCGCGAUGACGCCUCCAAGCGGAAUCUCAGAACGUCCAGCUUCGGAAUCCCCGGUAGUGGAGUCUUCGGAAUCGAACAGCGGGCGCACGAAGCGCGGGAACGGGCGGCGCGUUCUCAGCGGUCCGCUCGAGCCGCCGCGGAGGGGCUCGGGGCGGCGCGUCAUGAGCGGACCGCUGGAGCCGCGGAGAGUCACUGCGCGGAAGACCAGCGGCCAGGCGAGCCCGAUGAGUCAAACAAGUCAAGCCACGCCGGAAGACGAGGAGUCCCCCUCCGCCGAAUGGUCUUGCGGAACCCCGAACGGACGGAAGCGCACGCGGGCCCCGUCGGAGCCAAUUCCGGAGUCGGCGUCAAGCGGCGAAAGCGAUACCAAGGAAACUGAAGGCGUCGCAGCUUCCGGCUCUUCCGCCGGUGGCGCAGCCUCGCAAGACGUAAGCUCGUCUUCCACCGCCGCCGCCGCCGUCGCCGCUGCUGGUAACAGGCGGCAAGCGAAGGGGAUCGCCGCAGUAGCCGCGCAUGCUACCCCUGAGCGUUCUCCCCCGUCCGCCUCAGCGGCGGAACCGGCACCGUACGCUGCGCGGGUCAGCCAUCCGGAUCAGCAGCAGCUCGUGACUCUCUUUCAAGCGCUCACGCCGGGGUCCGAGACUCCGCGCGGGGAGCACGGGGGAGUGGUGGCUGGCGCGCGGCAUACGCCUACGGUGGCGCAACCUAGUGCAUCCGCGUCAGCUAGGAAUAUUUCUGUACCGCCUCGUCACCCACAGCCGCAUUCGAGUAGAAAGAACGGGAGUGGCGGGGAUCGGACCGGGGGUGGCGGAACGAAAACGGCUGCGGCGGCGGGUAGCACGGUCGUUGUGGGCGCUGGGGGCUCGAUCGGGUCUGGCUUUGCAGGAAUUAGCGCCCCGGAUGCGGUCGCGCGCAGUUCAGGCGAACCUAGUUCCGCGCUGGCGGAAAGAGUUGCGCCAGCGGAAGCAUCGGCGGGAGCAUCAGCUGCGCCCGUUUUCGCUGCAGCGGUGCCCUCAGAAGGUGUACUGCCCAAGGGGAAUACUGGCGUCGCAUCAGGGACGUCGGGCGGAGGGCGCAACUCUCUAGGCGCGUGGUGGAGGUCGGGGGCGCGCGCGUCGGGGGGAACAACACGGUCAGCUGCUCCCAACCAAUCGCUCGGUACUUCCGGAGCACCAGGCGCUCCAGGUCCGACCUCAGGAACAGGCUCGGCAGACUGGUUCGUGGCUGGGCAGAAAGACGCUCUGAUGGGGGAGGGCGCUGUGGGAGCGGUAAAUCCCUUGGUUCAGGGUACCCAGGUUGUGGCCGAGGCUUCUAGGGUUUGUAACACCUAUCAAACCAGUAACACCCCAGCGGGUGAUAUAUUUGGUAGUAACAUUAACCGGGAUAGUGAGGGUGCUGAUUAUACAGCGAGCGCUGCUGGUAACAUGGGGGUGGCGACGGUUUUGCGUCCGUCGCAGACAGCGUAUUCGCCAACUCACCAGUUGUUUCACAGGCGGACGGCGUCGUCCUCCGCAGUGCCUGCAGGAGAUUUGGGUCGGGCAGACCUGAAUGCUGCAGAACUGACGGCACCUGGCAGCAGCGGCAGUGGCAGGAGGGGCAGCCCGACAAGAAUUUCAGGUUUGGGGAAUGCUGGCUUUGGGCAACUCCGGGCGCUGGCGUCUCUGCUGAAGCAACAGCUGCCACUGCUGCAGAAACAGCAGCAGCAGCAACAGCAGCAGCAGCCGCAGCUAGAGCAGCAGCCACAGCAGCAGCCCCAGCCAGAGCAGCAGCAGCAGCAGCAGUCGCCACUGAAGGGGGAUCGGUCGUCGUCAGGGCGUCGCGCAGAUGGGUUUCAAGUUCAGAAGCUACCUGACCGCCUCCACUCCUUCUUCCGAUCCUCCUCCUUGUCGGGUGCUCAAUCCCCAAAGUCUGCAACACAACAGCAGCAGCCGCAGCAGCAGCAGCAGCAAUUGCAGUCCCCAGCUUCCAGAGAUCAUGUGGCAUUGACAGCAGCGCAGCAGCAGCAUCAGCAACUGCAGCAGGAGCAGGCUCUUUUGCAGCUGCAGCAGCAUUUGCAGAAGCAGCAGCAGGAGCUUCAGCAGCAGCGUCAGCAGCAACAACAGCAGCUACAACAGCAGCUUCAGCAGCUUCAGGAACAACAGCAGCAGCAGCAGGAGCUUCAGCGGCAGCAGCUUCAGCAACAGCAGCUUCAGCAGCGGCAGCAACAGGAGCAGCAGCAGCAGCAGCAGCAGGAGCGUUUGCUGCAGCAAAAAGUGCAACACCGUUCUCAGCAGCAGCAGCAGCAGCAGCAGCAGCAGCAGCAGCAGCAGCAUUCUCAGCAGCAGCAGGCUGGGCAGCUGCUGCAGCAGAAUUACAUUCAAGCCACAGCCCCCAAAGUGGAACCACUGUCCAGUUAUACUGCUUUACAUAACCACCUUUACCACCAGGUCCCCAGUGCCGCCCUUGCAAACCCAGCAGGAAUGCCAGCAGCAGGUGUGAGCGCAUUUGCGGGUGUGAGCGCGGGUAGCCAGAGGGUGAGUGACGCCCUGAGGGACGAAGGGAGGCUGCUUAGCCUUGGCCUGCCUGAAAUGCGGGUCGCUGACAACGAGCCACUGGCAAAAUCUGCUGAUGUGAAAAUGCUGGAUCUUGAGCUGCGAUUGUAGGUAAUUUUGGGACUUCAUUACACUUGUACUGCAUAUAUGUUAUAAGGUUUUUACUUGGUCUUUG